GUGAUAUUGAGUACGACUUCAACGUCACCAGAACGAAACACCUAAGGAUACAUACUAUAGCUAUGAAUCAAAUCACCUUGGCUGCGGUGUGUGCGCUUUUUGUUAUCCUCGUCACCACACACUCCUGUAAUGCAGGCAAAUUAACAGACGCAGCGCUCAGAAAAAGGGCCCUGUCAACGACUAGAUGUUUUGGUGAUGCAGAUUCAAUGUUGAGUCGGUACUGUUUUGGUAUGAAAAGAUCAUAUCCAUCGUUUGUUCCCGAUACUGAGGUGAACGAGGUACUUCGCGAGUGUGUGGGAAACCAGAAGAACACUGCGUGUAAACUAGCUUAUUAUAUAAUGGAUUUAGAAGAGAGAAUUGGCAAUGCUCUAGUGUACAUCAACGAAAAAACUGGCAACCAAAAUGAAGAUAACUAAGCUGACAUGAGAAAUAAGAAAGAUGUCAUGCACCUGGUAACAGCGUUUGUUUGUUUCUGUUAAAGACUACAUAAACAUUUUAUAGUUCCGUUUAGAUUAUUUUUAUUGUUAUUUACAUGCACCUGACCAACAGCUUAGUUAUUUUAUUCCAAUAUUCCUAGAUGUUCGAUCAUUUACAAUUUUAACUUUCUGUAAAUUUGCUAACCACAGAUUUAUUAGUAUUAUGUGUUUGCGAAAAUGGUUAUGUUACUUCUCUUGUUCGUACACAUGUAUACCAGUAUAUUUUGAUCAAACAACUGAAAAAAUUACAAUUCAUAUUAUAACUUACAACAUAUAGAUCAUGAUGCAUUCGAUAUUCAUUUGUAACACCGCAAAAGCAAUUCAGUGAUUCUAAAACAAUAAAUAGUAAUUAUGUUUAUUAA